AUGAAUAUUAAAGUUUAUGUCCGUUGUCGUCCUGGAAAAGAAAAUGAACAUAUUGCUAAUAUUCAAAUGGAUAAUCAAAAUUUAAUUGUUUCAGGAAAAAAAUAUGAAUUUGAUCAAGUCUUUUCAUCACAAGUUAAUCAAAAUCAAUUUUGUGAUUCUGCAUUAGAGGGGUUUAUUGGGAAAGUUAUUGAUGGGUAUAAUUGUACAUUUUUUGCAUAUGGACAAACAGGGACUGGAAAGACAUAUACGAUGGAAGGAGAAGAAGAAAAUGAAGGAGUUAUUCCACGAGUGAUAAAUGAAUUAUUUAUGACAUUAGAAAAGAGAGGAUUAAGAUAUAGAAUGAGAGUGACUCAUGUAGAAAUAUAUAACGAAAAAGUAUAUGACCUUUUAAGUGAUGAAAGAAAAGAAUUAGCUAUUAAAGAAAGAAAAGAAGGAAAUGGUGCAUCACCAGAAAGUGCAACUGAAUUAACAGUAACAAAAGAAAAUGUUCAUCAAAUAUUAGCAAAAUCUUCAGGACAAAGAAGAACAGCAGCAACAGAUAUUAAUACUAAUUCAUCAAGAUCACAUUGUAUUUUUACAGUGACAGUACAAAUUAUUAGAGACAGUGAUUUUGAAGGUGAUUUUGUUGUUCCAGGAAGAAUUCAUUGUGUAGAUCUUGCAGGAAGUGAAAAUAGUAAAAGAGCAGGAAUUAUUGGAGAUAAAGUAAAACAAUUAGAAGGGAUGGCAAUUAAUCAAAGUCUUUUAGCAUUAAAUAGAGUUAUUAUUGGGGUAAGUAAAGGAGAUAGUUAUAUUCCAUUUAGAUCAUCACCUUUAACUCGUAUUUUACAAGAUGCAUUAGGAGGUGCUAGUAUUACUGCAAUGGUAGCUACAAUAUCACCUGCACAAGAAGAUUUAGAAGAAACAUUAAGUACAUUAGAAUAUGCAAAGAGAGUUAAAACAAUAAAAAAUACACCAAAACAAAAUGCAAGUGUUAGAAAAGAUAUUUUUCUUCAAAAAAAAUUAGAUAAAAUUAUUAACUUAAAAAAACUUAUUACUGAAGGAAAACGUAAUGAAAAACCACUCACAGAAGAAGAAAUUGAAAUAUUACAAAUGGAAGUUGCUAAAGUUAAUCAACAAAAUUUAGAAAUGCAAGCAUUAUUUGCACAAGCAAAAGGAGAAGUUAGUGCAGCACAAGACCAAUUAAAAAGUGCAAUGAAUUAUAUUCAUUUGAAAAGACAAAACGAAAUUGAAUUAAAAACUAUGCUUGGAAAAGUAGUGAAGUCAAUAGAGAUUUUAACAAAACAAUCACGAAAAUUAGAAGAUAUUUAUGAAAGAAAUAAUGAAAAGAUUAAACAAAACGAUGAUAUUAUUAAACAAAUUCAAGAAAAUGAAAAUGAAAUAGAAAAAAAAAUAACUGAACAAAUAGAAGAAGAAAAAAAAGAAAUUCAAAUGAGUUGGAAUGUAAUUGAAAAUAAAAUAGAAGAAAGUGAUAAAAAAAGUAUUAUAGAAGGAAUUAAUUUUGAAGAGUUUAAUCAACAGUGGAUUUAUAAAGAUACAUUGGGUAGAAUGGAAAUAUUUUGUAAAGAAGGAUUAAAACAAGAAAAAGAAAAUAAAGAAAAUGUUAUAAAAAUACUUAAAGAAAAAGAAAAUAUUAAUGAAGAAUUUCAAGAAAAAUUAAAAACAAUUGAAGACAUUGAACAAAAAGAAAUUAAAGAAAAAGAAGAAGAAAUGGAAAUUGUAAAUGAAAGUUUAAAAGGAGUUAUAGAAGAAUUAAAAAAGAAAAAAAAAGAAAGUCAAGAAUUUGAAGAAAUUAUUAUACAAAAUGAAGUAAAAAGAAAUGAAAAAAGAAAAGAAAUGAUAAAAAGUUUAAAUGAAAAUAUUCAAAAGCAAAUAAAUGAAAAUAAAAAAAUAUUAAUUCAAUCAAUUGAAAAUAUGGGAAAUGAAAUUAAUAAUACAUUAGAUGAAUGGGUCAUUUCAGAUAAUCAAAUUAUUGAUGAACAUUUAAUUGAAAAAGAUAAAAGAAAUAUUAAAUAUAAAGAAAUAUUAAAUCAACAAAUUAUUAAUCUAAAAGAAAUUAAUCAAAUUAUUAUUCAAAAACAACAAAAUAGAGAAGUUAUUCAACAAAAUACAAUUCAUCAAUUACAAUUAUUAAUUCAACAAAUAAAAAUUUUAAUUAAUUCAUUUAAAGAUCAAUCAAAUAUUCAAAUAAUUAAAAUUAAUGAUGAAAAUGAUUUAUUUAUUAGUUUAAGUAAACAAUAUAUUAAAGAAAUUAUUCAAACAAUUGAAUUAGGAAUUGGUGAAAAUGGAAUUGUUGGUGCUUUAAUUAGUCAAAUUAAUGAAAUUAUAAAUAGAAUGAAACAAAAAACUUUCCUAACAAAAGAAGUUCAAAAUGAAUGUUUAAUUAUUAAAGAAAAAUUAAAUGAAAUUAAAAGAAAAUUAUUAUCGGAAAUAAAUAAUAUAAAUGAACUCACUUUAAUAGAAUUAAAUUCAUUAGAAACUCCUCACAUUCAACCAGUUACUGUUCCAUUAUUUACAGUAACUAAUAAAUUAUCUGAAGUUCCAUCAUUUGGUCUUCGUUUAUCAGAGAAAUUAAAACAUUUAGAUACUUUAUAA